AUGUGCGAUCGUCCAUUGAAUAUUCACGACUUAAUUCGUUAUACCUUGUAUAGCGAAGUCCAAUUAAGUGGAAUAAAAGCCCUAUUCAUACAUCUCGAAAUUCAUUCAAAAUAUGAAUCCAUUCUACUUACGAAAGAUCUUUGCCGAAAUAUUUGGAAUUCGGCAUCACCCAGGUUUCCAUGA